AUGGGCGAGGAGAAUCAGGAGCUACGUGGAGGACAGGCCGGUCAGGUAUAUGGGUACUACGUGGCCCUAAGACAGUUCUGCGAUGUGACCGGCAACUCGCAGGACCGCUCGACAUCCACUCGCGCACAGAAGGCCAGGGCGAAGUUGCUGAAGCUUUCGCCCGCGCAGUUCUUCGAACUGAGCACGGACGUACACGACGAACUUCAGCGGCGGAUAGAUGAGACGCAGGAACAGCCGGACCAUCUAUUGCCGAAGGACCACUUCCACGUGAAGCGGAACCAAGCGCGGCAGAAGUUGGCUAACUUGUCGCAGACACGCUUCAAUGACUUGGUCGACGAUAUUCUCUACGAGAUACAGAGGCGCGGAUACCACCUCAGGAAGCCGGAACAUGGCUCUAAUGCCACGCGAGGCUCUCCGCAUCACACAAGGCAGUCAGUGCCGCACUCAGGCUCGGAGGCGUCGCCAUCUAAGGCGCAGUCACCAAGCGCUAGCUUGCGCGGCCAGGAUACCGCAGCUGAUAGCCGAAAGAGUGAUAAGAGCUCUUCUGCAAGCGGUCAGGUACCGAUGCUUGUUGCCCCCAACACUUCUGUGCAGACCUCACAGGUUAUCCCGAAGACAGCAUCUAUAGACUGGUCUUCAGACGAGGAGGAGGUUGCUGCUGCCACCAAACGGGUCUCAAGGCUCAAACAUAUGUCGAAAGUGAUGAUAUCAACAGAGGAUGGCACUGUUGUAUCACCGAAGCACGGUUCUCCAGGCAGUUAUUCGGCGAGACAUUCAUCUCCUAAAUCUGCAUUGUUGAAACAAGCAUCACCAAAGCUUGCAUCCAAGCACUCUUCACCCAAGCAUGGAUCUAAGUCAGCAUCGCCGAAGCAUCCCUCUCCGAAGUCGUUGAGCAUAGCAUCUACGCCUAGCCACAAGUCUGUUGCUUUGAUGGAUACUACGAGUAUAUCUCCCACCUCUCCCCUACAUCAGCGGACAAGCUCUGCAUCUCGCCAGGCACUGUCGGCAGUCUUAGGAAGGGACAAAGACAGAGACAUUGUACUGCUUCUCGAGGAGGGUAAUAAGCUAGAAGCCAAGCUCAUGCAGAUCACUGAAGAAAAUAAAUCCCUAGAGCAGAAAAGUGACGAACUCGCGGGCCAAGUAACGCAGCUACUAAGCGAGAAAGAAAUUUUGACUGAACAGGUUUUAGACCUACAUACUAAGUUGGAAGAGUCGGAAAAGACCGUAACAGACUUAUCUGAAGAGGUUGUGAAACUUCGAGAGAAGGCUGAUGCUGGUGUAGUGCUACAGCAACAGAUAUCCGCACUCACAAACCAAGUAAAUGAACUAACGUUUGAGAAUGAAGCACUAACGCAGAAAAACCUUACAUUAACAACGCAGUUGGCAGAUCAGGACGCCACAGUUGGUCGUUCCAUGGGCGAUAGCUUUAAGGAAAAAUUGAGCGCCUUGAAUUCUCAAUUGGAAGAGCUGAUAACUCAAAACCAGACACUGAAACUGUCAAAAGCUGAAUUAGCUGCGAAGUUAAGCAAGCAGCAAGAUAUUAUCGCUAGCAGAUCUGUGGAUGAUAAUUUCCAAAAACAAAUGUCUGUAUUGACCAAUCAAUUGAAUGACCUAUCGAUUGAGAAUGAAACAUUAAAGCAAUCCAAUGCUGAGUUAACUCUAAAGCUAAAACGGAUCUCCAACAUAACUGCCUCUCCUCUGAACAUCUUUAUUCCAUCUAGCUCGAAGAGCACUAAUGUUGCGAUUGAAAGCAUAUCAAAAUUCAUUUCCCCAGAAGGGUCCAUCCCAUUGCCAUUGAUCAAAUCAUUCAAUUCUAAAUUGGAGCUUGUGUUUAAACACUUGAACCAGGGCGAGCAAACUGGAAACGUUCUAUUUGAAGAUAUUGCCCAAGUUUCAGAAGUAGUGGAGCAUAUGCUGAACUUAGUAUCUCCAUCAGACUACCAGCAAGCUACUCUUCUUCUGAAGGCUGCUACUUCCCAUGCAAUUACUACUAUACGUUACUACGCUGCAUACCCAACCAUAUUACCCGUAUUUACUGCGGAAAGCGCCUUGACCAAUAUAUCAUUUGCAGUGUGCAAAUUGGUAGCAGUCGCUGGAAUCAAGCAGGGCUCUUAUGAUGAACUUCCUAUUACGCCGCUAACAAAGGUAGCGCAUGAUGAAAUCAGCCAAAGCAAUGCAUCGAACGAUGGCUUGGAUAUGUCUAAUACUUCCCACGCAGCAAGUAAUUUUGACAGUAACGAUGAUAUGUCCACGGUUAAACCUCUCAGGAUUACGCAAAAGGUCAAUAGCGCGUUAUUUACUCCUCCCAAGGAAAAACCUCUAAUGCCAAGGAGGCCGUCAGGUACAUCAUUGAUCAGUUCGAUUAUUACUAGUGAGAAGAAAGAGGCGAAUAGAAAUCGAAAUAAGCUAAACCUUUCUAUCCCGACUGAUAGCUCUUCGGCAGUUCCUAGCCGUCGUGGUUCGGUUAGCUCAAAUAUGGGAAACAGUGUUUCACCGGAACGGGAACUAUCGGAUACUAAUACUAUACACACAAACCCUGGGAACCCAACUGAUGCCUCGGAUGGUAACACACAGAGACUUAUGAAGAAUAAACCAUUUGAUACAGUCGCGGGGCAGAACCCAGGUGGAUCAGCUUUACCCUCCAAUAUUGGUAAAACUAAACCAACCUCUUUUCUUAGCCUCGGCAAAGGCUAUCAACAAUCAAGUGAUUCCUUUGUCACUGCCCCGGAGGACAACAAGGAAUCUCCAACCAUAAAACCGGGGAACAGUGACUCCAGAACUCGCAGUAACUUAACCCUUGAGCCUAUUAACUUCGGUUCACCCCAACAGAAGGCUGAAAUAGACGGCCUUGCUGCAAAUUUAACUAUGAACAAUGACUCUCAUCAGGAGAUGCUACCAGACUCUGGUGAAGUUGCAACGCGCUCAUUACAGGCCUCAGGGAAACAGGCCUUGUCUUCAAUUCCAGUGGCUUCGUCUGCCUUUUCCAGUCCUAGAUCCCUAACAGACUCUGACAAAAGCGAUCUGAAUGUUACCCCAAAAGGGGUUUCCCCGAAGGUGCUUCCGCAUACGUCAACUAUUCAACCAAAGGAGCUUAAUUCGGGGAAUGAUGGAAUCUCGCCAAGUAAGUCUCCAGGUGUUGAAUUAUUGGAGCCUAUAUCGAAACAAGGAGAUGCUGCGUCUCUAAGCCACUCUGAGAAAGAUGAUAUCGGCUUGUCCUCCUUGGAUACGGGCAAGCAGAGCCGGAAUUUAGGGAAACUUAUGAAAAUGAGCUCCGAUCUAUCAGAGGUGAGUUCAAAGCAUUAUUCUAUUGAAUCAACAGAAUCUGCCAGAUCUAAUUCUACGCCUGCUAGCUCUAAGAAGAGCGCUAGUACUCCAACUAGUCCUAUUUCUAGUGUUAAUAGACAUAUGCAAACACCUUCGGGGGUUCACAGUUACUCACCUUCUCACGUUAUUGCUACAGUCACGCCCGAGCGUCGAGUGUUCAAUGGGUUUACUGAAGAUUCUUAUGAUGACAACAGCUCGGACGAUGGUAGCGCUAAUACUAUGGUAAGUGAUGAUGAUUCAACUUACCAAGCAUUAAAAAACAGUAUGAGAAGGAAUCGGGCUGCUUCUCCAGGAUCAUUGGUGUCAGCCCAAAAUCUAGCCAAGAUGCAACAAACUUCUGUCGCGGAUAAUAACUUGAAACCAGGAGACACGCCUAUAGUGGAUACUCUAGGAGGCUCGCCUUUUAAUUUUGAGACUUCAUCAGGGUUUAAUGGAACUCCUCAGACAAUGGCUGAAGCUAUGUCAGUGACGCCUUUGGAAACCAAUUUUCCAAAUACUGUGGUAUAUGACAAGGGAUUCACGACCAACAGUUAUCACAUAAAACCAACGACAUAUGCUCCUGAUAUGGUUUCCAAUUUCGCUUACCAGAAGAAGGACCAGCACAUGGACCAAUCAAUAGAAAUCACUGAGGAACAUAUCGAUCAUCCUGCUCGGUCUGAAUUUAGUAGUUCCGCCAGCAGCAGCGUCAAACAAGCCAGCCCUUUAACACCGCAAAAGGUCAGAUUACCUGGCUCAAAUACAGGUACUAUUUCCAAAAGGCCUCUUCAAUUAGAUUCACCUAUCGAUGAGCAGCAGGAUACAAUGCCUUUACAAAUUGGUAACACUCGGCAGUUGCACAAUGCAGUUUCCAGCCCAACUUCAGAUUCGACGGUAAGCACAGAGGAACCUUAUUCAGCUAACCCAGAAGUCUUUUCACCUAUGAGAGGUGAGGGCUUCCUAUUGAACUCCGCAUUUUCCGUGACACCACUUGGUGUAGAUGCCACAAGUAAUUCUAAACCCCCAUUUUCAGCAGUGUCUUCAUCUGGAGCAUCUGUUAGAAGGGUAAGAUUGGGCUCUACGAAAAGGCCACACGCCACCGCUAUACAACCGGUCAUUGAUGAUGCAAGGAUGUCUGAGUCGAGUGAGAAUGAACGGGGCAUUAUGUCAAGUGGAGGUUCGUCCAAUUAUACUGGUAUUCAUAGUACGCCGGCUGCAUUAACUAGCAGAGAACAAACGCCAAAAUCCCAAACUUUUGGCAAGAGCGGGUUAUCACCAGUUCCGGAUCAAAUAUCAACUAAGGCACUAGUUUUUGGUGUAGCUGCUCAAGCAUCACCGGAUGCUCAGAAGCGUGUAAUUAACCUACAAUCUCGGACUUCACCACCCAAAUCUGAAACACAUUCGCAUAUACGGCACAACGCUUCUAGCGUGUAUCAGUCGGAAACAACAGAUAAUAUAACUAAAGAUACCGGGAUGUUUUCUGCAGUGAAGUCAGGCUUUCCCCAUAUACAACAGAAAACCAUAUCAGCAGGCUCUGAACUUGAUGACACUGACUUUCAGAGAACACAAACUACCAGCACAGGCCCACUUCCAACUUCAAGCGAAUAUGACUCUGCCCCUGUGACAGUUCAUGGAGGACUUGAUAUUUCUCCAAGACCACCUUCCUCUAGCUCCACAGAUUUCGACGAGUAUCCAACUGGUACAAUAACAGAGUCACACAGACGGCCUUAUAACGUUAGCCAACUUCCCGAAAAUAAUGGGAACUCAGCUGCCACUCGUGUGAUUAAGAGAAACAGUUCUGUUCUCAGCUCGCCUGGAAGCGUGACCACCACCCCAAUGGUUAAUCGAGCUACAGUACUCAGCGCCUCGCCGGGAGCGGUUAAAUUAACCGAGAAACAGCAUAGUCCGGCAUCAUCUUCAGAUAUUUCCACAGCCAAUAAAACACAUUCGAAUUCUAUUGAUCUAAACACAACACCUAAUGUACCUCAUCAUUCACCGGUCAUUAACGUUAUGCGCAGUAUCACUGAAGAGACUAGGAACAAGAGGUCUAGCUUUUCUAGUUCUAUGCAUAGCGACAAUAUCGACGGUGAAACACUGUCGAAAGAUGCUAUUAAUAUGGCAGAUACAUUGCAUGGGGACAAUGCUCAUAGCACACCUUCUUCAUUUGCAAUGUCCUCUUUGCACAGUACUCCCACAGUGUAUGCCCAACCCCGUAACCAGGACCACGCAGCAAUGAAGCCUUCAGAGGGUCCUCAGUUUAAAAAGUUUGAAGCUGACGCUCAUUAUUCUUCAGUUAUGAGUAGUAAAAAAGAGGGUUCCGUAAAAGAAAAAGAUUACCGGAUUGCUCUAAAGAAUGAGAGUGCAGAUGAUCGCCGUGCUGUCGAAUUUAGUAAAUCUAUUUCCGGUAGUUCCCUGCAGUCUGACAAGCAAAACAUACCUAUUAGGAAAGAAUUGCAUCUUACCUUUGAAGAGCAGAAUGAUAACACGCAUGCAUCUUCCGAUUUAACCCUGGAGGUACUGCAGGACGCUCAGACACGUGAUACCGGGUCAUUGACAAAUAACCUGGCACAUACACCAUUGAAUACACGAACGGAAGCAGGCGAAAUCCCGUCUGCCUUUGAGACAUUUAUUGAAGAAAGUCAGACGAGAAAAAGGUACAGCAUAGAAAGUCAUGAGAUAUCUACUGAUCAUGGCAAGCUGGACUUUACCAGAGGUUUGCCUGCUCGUAGUGAGGUUAUUUCUCCUGGAGGCUUGACUACCCUUGGUGAUUUCAAGCCUACUGCUCAUGGUGAAGUGCAGUCUAUUGCUCAUGAUCAGGUGAACAACUUUACUGAAGGUUCCACUGUUCAUGAUGAGGCGAAUGCUACUGAAGGUUCAUAUGCUUUUGAUAAGCUGAAACACUCUGAAGGCUCGCCUGCUCGUGGCGAGUUGAAGUCGACUAUUCAUGGUGAGCUAAACUCGGCUCCCCUUGGUGAGCUGAAGUCGACUGCUCGUACUGAGGCGAUUUCUACUGACAGUUCGCCUGCUCGAGAAGUUGUAAUUUCCACUGGCACUUCACCUGUCCGCAAUGAGGUGAACGCUACCGAAGAUUCGACUGCGAGUGCUCAGGUAAAGCUGACUUCCAAUGGUGAGUUGAAGUCUCCUGUUCGUCAUGAGGCGAUUUCCACUGGAACUUCACCUGCACGUGCUGAGGUACACUCUACCGAAGAUUUGCCUGCUUGUGAUCCGGUGAAGUCGACUGCUCGUGGUGAGGUGAUUUCCGCUAGAGUUUCACCCGCCAAUAUUGAUGUGAUUUCUACUGGUAGUUUGCCUGAUCAUGAUGAGGUAAUUUCCACUGGAACCUCACCCGCCCUUGGUGAGAUGAUUUCCACUGGAAGCUCGCCUGCGCGUGGUGAUGCUGUCCAUGAUGAGUCCAAGACUGCUGCACCCACUCAGCUGAUAUCCACCGGAGUCUCGCCUGCGCUUGGUGAGGUGAAGUCAGUUGCCCACGAUGGGUCGAGGCCUACUGCACGUACUCAGGUGAUAUCCACCGGAGUUUCGCCUGCGCGUGGUGAUGCGAUUUCAGCAGGCAGUUCGCCUGCGCGGGGUGAGGUGAAGUCAGUUGCCCAUGAGUCGAGGCCUACUGCACGUACUCAGGUGAUAUCCACCGGAGUUUCGCCUGCGCGUGGUGAUGUGAUUUCCACAGGCAGUUCGCCUGCACGUACUCAGGUGAUUUCCACUGGAGUUUCGCCUGCGCGGGGUGAGGUGACAUCGGUCACCCACAAUGAGUCGAGGCCUACUGCACGUACUCAGGCGAUUUCCACUGGAGUUUCACCUGCUGAUAGUGAUGUGAUUUCCACAGGCAGUUCGCCUGCGCGUGGUGAGGUGAAGUCAGUUGCCCACGAUGGGUCGAGGCCUACUGCACGUACUCAGGUGAUUUCCACAGGCAGUUCGCCUGCGCGUGGUGAUGUGAUUUCCACUGGAAGCUCGCCUGCGCGGGGUGAGGUGACAUCGGUCGCCCACAAUGAGUCGAGGCCUACUGCACGCACUCAGCUGAUAUCCACCGGAGUCUCGCCUGCGCGUGGUGAUGCGAUUUCCGCAGGCAGUUCGCCUGCACGUACUCAGGUGAUUUCCACUGGAGUCUCGCCUGCGCGUGGUGAUGCGAUUUCAGCAGGCAGUUCGCCUGCGCGGGGUGAGGUGACAUCGGUCGCCCACAAUGAGUCGAGGCCUACUGCACGUACUCAGGCGAUUUCCACUGGAGUUUCACCUGCUGAUAGUGAUGUGAUUUCCGCAGGCAGUUCGCCUGCACGUACUCAGGUGAUAUCCACCGGACUUUCACCUGCGCGUGGUGAGGUGGAGUCGGUUGCUCACGAUGGUUCGAAGACUACUGCAUAUACUCAGGUGAUUUCCACCGGAGUAUCGCCUGCGCGUGGUGGGGUGACGUCGGUUGCUCACGAUGAGCUGAAGUUUACUGGAUCUUUGUCUGCCCGGAACGAAGUGAAAUUCACCGAAGAUUUACCUGCUAUUGGUGCGGCGAAGUCGAUUGUCCGUGAUGAGAUGAAGUCUACUGAAGGUUCAGCCUCUCAAGUUGAGAUGGUUUCCAUUGGAAGUUCGCCCGCGCGUGGUGAGCUGAAGUCUACUGCUCGUGAUAAUGCAGUUUCUACUAGAAGCUCGCCUGCUAGUGGUGAGGCGAAGUCUACUCCCCGCAGCGAGCUAAUGUCUACAGGAGGGUCACCUGCUCCUGGCAAGCUUACAUCUACUCCUCGUCAUGCUGCUGUUUCUGCUAGAAGCUCGCCUGCUCGUGGUGAGGCCAAGUCUACUCCCCGCAGCGAGCUAGUGUCUAUAGGAGGGUCGCCUGCUCCUGGCAGGCUCACGUCUACUGUUCGUGGUGAGGUGAAGUCGACUACCCGUGUUGAGGCGAAGUCUACCCCUCGUCAUGCUGCUGUUUCUGCUAGAAGCUCGCCUGCUUGUGGUGAGGCGAAGCCUACUUCUCGCAACGAGCUAAUAUCUACAGGAGUCUCGCCCGCUCAUGGUGAGAUCAAGUCGACUGCCCAUGACGCGGUAAUAUCUACUGGGGACUUGCCUGAUUGUGAUGAAGUGAAGUCGACCGAAGGCUCGGAUGCUCAUCGUGAGGUGAAGUUGACUGCACCUAGUGAGUUGAAGUCUACUGCUCACGAUGAGGAGAAGUCUAGCGGAUGCUCGCCCCCUCGUGGCGAAGUGACGUCUACUGAUCGUGGUACGCAAAAGCCGAAUCUCCUUGAUGAGCUCAAGUACAAUGGAGGUUUCCACGUCCGCGGUGAGCUGAAAUCUACUGGGGGUUCAACUACUCAUGAGGUUUGCGAGGAUCUUCCUACUGUGCGUGUUUCAACUGACAGAGAACAUGAUUUUAAUCCUCCGUCCACAACCAUCGCCAGCCCUGAUUUUACUCCAUCGAAUGUGGCUAUGGAAAAUGUGCCUGCUAUGACUGCAAACAGCUUGCCGGGGACCACCUCUAACACUAAUGAUAUCGCCAAAGACAGUAUGGCCGACUCUGCGGAUUUCCAGCGCAAGGUUGAAGUUAAACUAUCUACAUACCAAGAUCCACAGAUGGAGCACACACCGGUGAAAACCACUUUUGGAAGCCCCCAAACGGCAAGCCGUGAGCCAUUGUCCAUACCAACCGAGCACCAUGUCACUCCAAUGAAGAGGCAUGUAUCACAAUAUGAUGAUAAUAAUGAGAGUGAGUUCAGCAAAUCUGGUGAAUCUCGAGUAUUCCUACAUGAUGGCGGAAUUAUUCCUCAGGAAAAGCUUCCUUCGACUAGAUUAAACACAGUUGGAGAUCUCGAAGGUAAAGUUUCUGUUAGCAAAGCUCCUGCAGGUAUAAGUACCACACCUAUUUACUCUGAAGGUGUUACGAAUUCCGAAAAUAUUGUGGACGACAGUACUGCAGAAAAAGAUAACAAGUCAUCGCAUUCUCGCAUAAUUGGUAAACCUUCCAGUUUAGAAGAACCAAAAGAUGACCAUCCACUACCAAAAUCUACUUCUUCUGGUGAGACUACAAAUAUAGGAAAGGAUAGAACUGCGGUAGGGGACAAUCAGCAGCACGAACAUAUAAGGAACACCACUAUACCAAAGGAUAGCCCAGCAAUUAAACAUGGCAACGCAGCCAAAACAUACGAGAAUGACUCGAAUAUAAGCCGCACCGCCUCCCACUCUAUGAAACUCAAUGCACGUCCCUCUGCUGCACCAUUGAUUUUGAAAACAAACAACAACCAUGCUCCAUUAUCCCGCGAAGCUGAACUCCCGCGUAAGACAACCACUUAUGAACCAGAGACUCCUCGUAUAGAUUUCUACGGAACACCAACUUCUGCAAAUAGCACCUACACUGACCAGUCUGAUGAUUACGAUGACGAUGGAGAAAUUGACUUUAAUGUGGAUGAUUUUGAUAUUGAGAACCCGGAUAAUACAUUAGCGGAAUUGCUAUUAUACUUAGAGCACCAGACAAUCGACGUUAUAAGCACAAUCCAAUCGUUGCUAACCGGUAUAAAGCAACCAAAAGCGACGACAGGUGUACUGCGGCGUGAAUCGAAUGCCAUUAAUCAAGUGAUUGGUCAAAUGGCUGGUGCCACCAGCGUUUCCAUGAACCAAAGCCGCAAUGCCGCACUAAAAGAACACGGCAACUGGGUUGUGCAAAGUUUAGUCGACUGUAGGCGGCGUAUUACUGUUUUAUGCAACUUGCGUCCUGACGGAAUUCUUGUCGCUGAUGAGCGGGAUGACCAUUUCGCUGACAAACACUUCAAGCAGCGACUAGCAGGUGUUGCUUUUGACGUUGCUAAAUGUACUAAGGAACUAGUUAAGACAGUCGAAGAAGCUAGCCUUAAGGAGGAAAUAGAAUACUUAAACUCCAAAUUGGCGAAGUAG